ACCCGUCACCGCGACACUUCAAAAAAAGGUCGAGAACCACGUACCGGGGGUAUCACGGGUGUCCCCGUAAAUCCGUACUGCUCUCCUGCGAAAGCAAAAGAAAAAGAUCCGGCUGCAAUCCGCCCGUUUGUGCGACGUUUUCCGUGCAGUGGAAGUGAUUUUCUUUCGCGUUCACUUGCGUCCCGUGUGACGAAACGAAACGAAUCGUUCGGUAAACACAAUACAGACACACAGACACACACACAGCAGAGAGAGAGAGAGAGAGAGAGCCCCCCGUGUUGUGUAAAAGACCGUGUCGAUACGUGCGUGCGUGUGUGAUUACUGUUGACGUUGAUUUGUUCCUUCGGUCGUUCCCCCUCCCCCUUCUCCCCCCUUCGUCAUCGAUUGCACCAGAAGUGUCCGCAAAAGGAGCGAAGUAAAGGAAAAAGUGAAGUGACCAACAAUCACCGAAAAAGGUGCGUGCGUGUGUAGGUGCCGAAAUAAGGAGAAAAAAAAACACACCCACAAACGACGGAACAUGACUCAUCAAGGCUGCCUUCGCUGAUUGCGAGAGCGCUCGUUGUUGUUGUUGCUGCUGUUGGCCCCGUUCCGUUCCGGUGCGACGGUGUUUGGGCAGAUAGGCCGCUAUCGCAAGAAGUGUUCCCGUUACACCACCCCUGCCCCUUAUCUAAACUGUCGGUUCGCCGUCCUUAUCAUACCGCAAAUCCAAACCUCAACAGCAGCAGCAGCCUCUAGGGAAGUGCGGUGUGGGAAGAAGGGAGGACGGAGACGCACGGAUACCCGAUUGCAGUGAGAGAAGGCCGUUUGGUUUUUACCUUGGUGCGUUCCAACAUUCAAAACAUACAUACAUAGCCACACGCACACACAAACACAUACACACACACAUACAGAGGCGCGCGCGCACCGAAGUGGGAAGUCUGCGGCAUUUGCGGUGGCUGGAAAAAUUUACACAUCACACGUAACACAGCCGACGAGCACCGCAGCCGGACGGACGGUGGGAUCGUUCCGGUGGCAGCAGCUGCAACAGCAAAUACCUCCAUCGAAAACCACACCGCUACCGACACACACAUACACACAGACACAUUGACGGUGAUAUUUGGCCGUGUGCUGUGGCUGGUCAUCAUAAAGUCGUACGGCAGCGCCAGACGGCAGCCAGACGUUGGCGCCCGCGCGGAAUCGACGGGUGCGACGGUUGCAAAUCGGGGGACGGUCCCCGAUAUCUAAAUAAAUCUCGUGUUUGUGUGGUGUGGCUGUGUGGUUGUGCUGUGCACACAACCCCCUCCCUCCCAGCAAGAGGACGGUUCGGUCGCAUCGGGCAGACACAGGACAGGCGGCACACGGUACUGCAUUUUUUCGGUGGCCGUGAGAGUGUGAGCGUGCAAGCGAGCGCGAUUGAGUGAGUGAGCAAGCGAGGUGAGCGAGUGUGUUUGUCUGCUCACGUACACAACACAGCCGGAGGGAAGGGGAAGGCACGUUCCAAAGGCCCUCUUCUGCCGUCGCACGUCCGUACGCCUGCGGCCCGCGGAACCGUUCCGUUCCGUUCGGUGACAUUUCACAUUCAUACCGCUCGUUGCCUGUUGCACACGCGCCCUUCCCUCCGCCCUUUGGUGGAAUGGCAACCGGAGGCAGUGGUGGAGUGGGCGGAGGCGCCAGCAGCAGUGCGCUCGGUGCGAUGGCAGCGGCCGUGCAGUCGGUCGCGGCCGCCGCCAGCCCGUCCGCGUCCGCGUCGUCGGCGAAUCUGGCCCCGCCGCCGCAGCCCAUCACACCGUGGCCGAACAGCCGGGACGAUUACGAGCUGAACGAUGUGAUCGGGGUCGGCGCGACCGCCGUCGUGCACAACGCGUACUGCCUGCCGCGCAAGGAAAAGUGCGCCAUCAAGCGCAUCAACCUGGAGAAGUGGAACACGUCGAUGGACGAGCUGCUGAAGGAGAUACAGGCGAUGAGCAGCUGCAACCACGAGAACGUCGUCACGUACCACACCAGCUUCGUGGUGAAGGAGGAGCUGUGGCUGAUACUGCGGCUGCUCGAGGGGGGCAGCCUGCUCGACAUCAUCAAGCACCGGAUGCGGACGGUCAACUGCCGGCACGGCGUGUUCGACGAGCCGACGAUCGCGACCGUGCUGAAGGAGGUGCUGAAGGGGCUGGAGUACUUCCACAGCAAUGGGCAGAUCCACCGGGACAUCAAGGCGGGCAACAUACUGCUCGGCGACGACGGCACGGUACAGAUAGCGGACUUCGGCGUGAGCGCGUGGCUCGCGACCGGGGGCGACCUGUCCCGGCAGAAGGUGCGCCACACGUUCGUCGGCACGCCGUGCUGGAUGGCGCCGGAGGUGAUGGAGCAGGACCACGGGUACGACUUCAAGGCGGACAUCUGGUCGUUCGGCAUUACCGCGAUCGAGAUGGCGACCGGGACGGCGCCGUACCACAAGUACCCGCCGAUGAAGGUGCUGAUGCUGACGCUGCAGAACGAUCCGCCGACGAUCGAUACCGGGGCGGACGAGAAGGACCAGUACAAGGCGUACGGCAAGACGUUCCGCAAGCUGAUCGGCGAAUGCUUGCAGAAGGAACCGACCAAGCGUCCGACCGCGAGCGAGCUGCUGAAGCAUCCGUUCUUCAAGAAGGCGAAGGACCGGAAGUACCUGACGCAGACGCUGCUCGCGACCGGCCCGUCGAUGGAGACGCGCGUGCACAAGGCGGCGAAGCGGCAGGCGGGCGCGUCCGGCCGGCUGCACCGCUCGAUGACGGGCGAGUGGGUGUGGUCGAGCGAGGAGGAGGACAACGGGAAGAACGAUUCGGACGACUCGGAGACGGACGAGCGGCCGAUGAACCGGCUCGAGCGGAUGGACUCGUCCUCGUCCGAGACGGAGGACACGUCCGAGCGGUCCGGCGUCACCGUGACCGGGUCGACCACCCAGCCGACCGAUCCGAAAACGCUCGAAGCGACGGCGGCCGCGGUCGGCGCCAUGUCGCUCGGCGCGAUGGUACCGGUCAACCUGGUGCUGCGGAUGCGCAACGCGAACCGCGAGCUGAACGACAUCCAGUUCGAGUUCGUCGUCGGCAAGGACUCGGCGGAGGACAUUGCGGCCGAGCUGGUCGGGGCCGGGCUGCUGGACGAGCUGGACGUCGCGAUCAUGUCCGCCAACCUGCAGAAGCUGAUCGACCACCGGGGCACGCUGCGGACGGUCACGUUUCAGCUGCGGUCGGGCUGUGCGCCCGGCGAGCAGCUCGACGAGAAGUCGCUCGUCGGCUUCGCGCAGAUUUCGAUCAAGUGAGCGGUGUGUCUGUGUGUUGUGUGGGGAAGAUCAGCACCACAGCUGGAGCAUGUGCACCAGGGCGCUUCUGUCGCUUCCUUUAUUUUCGUUUUUGUUUGUGUUGUGUUG